CCGGAAGUCACUGUCUCCCGGGUGAACAGGCCCUUUGCAACCAGGGAAGGCGAGUGCAGGUUCACCCACCUGCAGACAUGGGACGCAGAAAGUCAAAACGGAAGCCGCCCCCCAAGAAGAAGAUGACGGGCACCCUGGAGACCCAGUUCACCUGCCCCUUCUGCAACCACGAGAAAUCUUGUGACGUGAAAAUGGACCGUGCCCGCAACACCGGAGUCAUCUCUUGUACUGUGUGCCUAGAGGAAUUCCAGACACCCAUCACAUAUCUGUCAGAACCAGUGGACGUGUACAGCGAUUGGAUAGACGCCUGUGAGGCGGCCAAUCAGUAGCAAUGCAGAAGACCCGCCCCCUGGGCAGCCCCGCCUGCCGUGGACCCACCUGCUGGGUACUAGUCCAGAGACAUUCCAGGGGUCUGGGGUGUGGGUCCAGGGCUGUCGCAGCCCUCCAUGUGUGUGGAAUGUGUGUUAGUGUGAGUGUGUGUGGCUGCUGGGGUGAGCAUGGGUGUGUGCGUAUAAAUACAGGGUGGAGUUGAAGGGAUGAGGGGUCUGAGGGGCCUGAACUGGCCUUACUUGGCUCCAAAAGCCUUUGGUUAACUCCCUUCUCCAGCCCCUGCACACCCCGCCCCUAGCUGUAGGGCCCUGGCUCCUGCCAGGGGGACUAGGGGCAGUUUCCCAUCAUCUGGGCAAGGGAAGUCCGAGAGAGGCUGGAGUGGGCCCUCUCCAGCCUCCUUCCCCACCUCACCAGCACCUUGCCCAUUUGAAUUGGACUUCCUGCCCUCCUUCCCUACCUUCCAAUUCCCGUGGCCUGCUAUUCAAAGCCACCGUUCUCCAGGUCCCUUGGCCGGGCCUUGGCAGAGAGCUGGCUUCCCCAGGCUAACCGGGAAGCCCGUUUUGUGGUUAGUGGCUUUUGUAGAGAAGGCAGGGGUAGGGCUGGGGACAGCUGUCAGUCACAAGUCCUUAAAUAAAGCAG